AGAGUGCAACUCUUUCCGCGAGAGAAACAACUUUCGCCGGAGCGAACUGUUCCAUACGCUGCCAUUUAAUGCUCUCGUUGAUGUCCGGUGGUUGCGGGAGAAUGUGAACCGCCGGUCAAGACCAUGAGUCGUGGUAUAAUUGAUCUACUUAACGGUUUAAAUCCUGCUCUAAGAGUAUUUUUUUCAAACUGAGGAGCUGUAAGAAUACACCCAAGGCAGUGACAGACCGCGGGAAAAUGUCGUUACUUCCUGUGCAAUAAAGUGUUGGCGCGACAUUACGGUUGUAAACAACAAGAGGACACGUAACAGUGCAACCAAACAAGUACUCCUUAAACUGAGCCACUGAGAUAUUUGGAACAAUGGAAAACACUGACACCAAUGAUGUCUCUGGUCUCUUGGUACCUGACGUCAAUGAAGAUUCUGUGGAUAUCUAUGAUGGUCUGGAUAUGGGUUUUAGCAGCAAUUCAGAGAAGUCACCUCCAAGUGCUUCUCAGCUGAAAGAAUCAAUGGAUCUAUAUGAAGAAAUUGUCACAGAGGAACAACGGAGCAGAGAGGCUUCGUACACUGAGUUAAAGUCCAGAUUCCAAGCAGCUCAAAACCAAAUUAAAGAGUUACGCAGGAGACUGGAGCAGAUGGAGAUGCAGAAUACAGGGUUAAACACUGAGAACUGCCGUCUCAAAAGGAAUAUCUCUGCACUUUUACGAACAGCUAGACAGGAGGUGACACGAAAAGAUGCUGAGAUUCAUAGACUGAAUCAACGGUCUGAAAAAGGUCGCCAUCAUCAUCAGGCCCACAUUAAUAAUCUGCGGGACCAAAAUUCCUCCAGUUGGGCUUCCACAGGCAGCUCCAGCAGUAGGCCACCUCCUCCACCACCCUCCAGCCCUCCUCCUCCUCUUCCUCUUCCAUUCACUGCUUCACCCCAUCCUCAACAUCUACCAACUUCAACCCCCAGGGAGAACCAGUCUCCAAGGGAUCUUCCACAGUCCUCAAAGACACAAAGCAAUAGUUCAGCCAAUCACCUCACUAGUUCCUGCAUUGAGACAAGACCUUCUAAAACAUCUUCUCAUAGUCAUUCAAAAAGUUCUUCAAGAGGAGAUUGUGAAAUACCUGACAAACAGACUGAGCACUCUGUCAGCAAGUUCAGCAGCAGUUCAUCAACCCAGCACAAUGAUUCAGACAAACACAAGUCUAAGCGCAGAGAGGAAAAAUAUCAAAGUCAUAAACUAUCUGAAUCAACAGAUAGGCGACCUAGAAUUGGUUCAUAUCCCAACAAGGAUUGCCAUGCGCCUGAGAAAAACAGGUCGCAUAAAGUAGACAAAGACUCAGGACGAAAGUAUGACUCCAGGUCUUGUAGAAUCAGGAACUACCUAAAUGAUGAGGGGCACCACAGAUCAGACAGGAUUAAAAGCCCCCCAGCAGAGAUUUUACACAGUGCUGCUUCCUCUAAUAAGACAAGAGGGAGAAGUCGAGAAAGGAGACAAGACCAAGCUAAAUUGGCCACAUCAGACUCUGAACAAAAUACAGCACGCGGUUCUAAAGAGGGCUACAGCCGAGAUCAUAAAAGAAUCAAGACUAGUUACGCACAUAGCAGAAGUUUAGACUCAAAGGACAGGAAAAGGUCCUCUUCACAUCAACAUGCUGAACGUUAUGCAGAUUCCUCCAAAGACAGGGAAGGAGAGCGACUUUCAAAGGAUCAGGAAAGGAGGGAGGAAAGACAUUGUGAGGAUGAAAUCAGCAAAAAGCACAAAAAGAGCACUCUGUCAGAGGUCAGCAAAAAACCAAGAUCAAAAGAAUCAGACCAAGGUAAAGUGGAUGUCCUCAAUAAGGAAAGACAGGAAAAGACACAUGAAGCCUUAAAAAGAUCAUCUAAAGAACCACAUAUCACUGAGAAAAGCUCUGUGGAGGAAAAUAGUCCAAACAGGAAACUCUGUUUCAUGGAAACAUUGAAUUUAACCCUUUCACCUAUCAAGAAGCCAAUGUUGCAAAUCAAUGAUAGCCAGGAUGACCUCACUCCAGUGGACAACGUAGUUGAAAACGGACCAGCUGAUGAGAAUUUGCAGUUUUGUGUUGAAGACAUGUGUGUUAUUGAUGAAGUAGACAACAGUGAAUUAGUAGCAGGGUUUGAAGAUUCUGCAGAGCAAUCUUCAGAUAUCCCCAAAAGUUCAAGCUCUGAAAGGAGACACAAGAGGUGUGAUGAUGAUGUUGAUGUCCAGGAAAAGGACAAGAGCUUUAGUAAGACGACAGGCAGCAAACUGCUUGAGGACAGUUCAGUCCAAACUACCUCAGCACAUAGCCAACCCUUGGAUACUGCAGAGAAUCUGAUGAGUGUGCAUCCUACAUCAAAAUCACCUGGGAGUAUUUCUUUGAAAACACCACAAGGGGACAUGUCAAGCAAUCUGGCCUCAGACAACCAGGUAGAUAAAUCUGAACCACUGGAGGUGACAGACAGUGUCAGUGACGCAUCUGGAAGCAUUUUCAAACAAGAACAAUACACAAGCAACUCCUUACAAAAUAUAAUCCCUGGGAAUAAUUCUGAGCAAACUGCUGCUAUUUCCAACCCAACUGUGCUUGAUUCAAGACUAGAACUUUCAAAAACUACAGUACAGAAAAUCAUCCCUGUGGGUUCAUCUGAAGAAGGUGCAACAACCUCACCCUCAGAGGAAAAUCCUGUAGCUGAAGAUGUUCCUGACAAUCCAAAAAGUCAACAAAGUUGUAACACUAUUUUACCACAGGACUGUGAGCAAGGACUGCAUCCUCCUGCAUCACUCAGUCCCGAUCAUAAGAAAGAUGCUUGUCAAAUGCAAGAUGGUCCUAAAGAUACAGAUGCUGUAUCCAGUACAAUAAGCCUGGAAUCACUUCCACAAGAGGGGCUGAGUUUACCUGAGGCUAUUUACGUCUUAACACAGACAAAUGAAGAGGCCACCGACAGCAGUAGCAACAUAACUGAGCCAAGCUCUUCCACUGGCUGCAUUGGAGUAUCCAAAGUCAGCAGUACAACAGAGGAGACAGUACUGCCAGAAAAGUACAGGGACCUCACUUUCACACCAAAAAAGAGCUUCAGUCCUGGAUUCCUGGAGAGUCAUGAGAAUAAUGUUGAGCCUUCCAGUUCCGUGCCAUUACUUCAUGAUGAAGACUCCAUGAUGCGCACACUGAGCAAUCUGAAGAGAAUCCCUGAUGCCAUAAGCCCUCUGAGGAGCCCAAUGCGGAUAACCAAGAAAAGUCACCUCCAUGUUCAUGGCAAGCCUGGUCAUGUCAAGAGCCUUCAAAAAGAUUUCUCCAGUACAGCUGUUGAUGUCAAGAGGUUGGAUGUAAACAAAGAGAACAAAUAUCCAGGUUCUCCUGCAAAGCAUGACAUGCAAAAUAUAGUGGACAAAGUAUCUGACCUGUGCUCAAGUCUCUCUGACACUGAACUGGAGGAAGGGGAAAUUUUAAGUGAAAGUGAUGAAGCAACUGCAGAUUCCCCUGUUCCUGAAAAUAAGAGAGCAGAGUUAGCACGACCAGUCAGAAAUAAACCAAGUCCCAAGUCUGUGCUAAAGAGGAAAUCUGAAGAAAAGUGCGCUGCUUCAAAAGAAACUACUGAAACACCAGGUGAAUCGACACCGAGUCCAAAGAGUCGUUUUAAAACCGUUUGUCCUGCAGCAACCAAAGCUUCUUUUUCCAGCAUAGAGGAAAUAAUGGAGACAUUCAAGCUGGUUCGCAUUGAGAUCCGAAAAAAGUACAUGAAGCUUCAUAAAACCUUUCCCAAGAAGAGCUUCUAUGGCAUGAUGGACAAUUUCCAGGAAUCUUUUUUAAAGUUUGUGGAUGGUGCCCAUUUUGGUCAAAUAUGCAAUCAGGCAGGGGAGCUGAAAUCCAAGCUGAAGAAACUGAUUGCAUCUGUCUUUAGUAAAGUAUCAAAUAAUGGUAUUGUGAAACGCAUAUUUGAACAGCAAGCAGUCGAUCUGAAGCAGAAGUUAUGGGACUUUGUGGAUGUCCAAGUUGAUUACUUGUUCAAGGACAUUCACACGACACUGAAGAGUCUUUGCAAACCAGCAAGAGCUCAGGCUGAGGAUAAGAGGCCCAGUGGGAAUGAGAAAGUACCCAGACAGCCUCCUUUAAAGAAGCAGUUUCAGCAGAAGGAAGCCCAGUCUCCUCCAACCAGUCUGAAUCGAAUCAAGCCUUGUUCUGGGGUGCCUUACAAAACAGGGCUUGGAAGUAGAGGCAAAGAUAUCAGAAUCACACAUGUAGAAAAAGACAGGAAUACUGACCCACAUCCAACAGACAGCCUGAAUCCACAAACUGUGAUUGACUUUGUUUCUCCUAAAAAGGUUGCUACAGCUUCAGAGAAAAAUAACAUGACUUCCUUGGUUGUCUCUCAAAGUGGCUCUUUGCUUGACAAAACUGACUUUGAGCUUCUCACAGAACAGCAGGCCUCCAGCUUAACAUUCAAUCUGGUCCGAGACUCUCAAAUGGGAGAAAUCUUUAAAUGUCUCCUACAGGGUUCAGACUUAUUAGAAACCAGUGGCAUCACAGGCGACAGCACAGCGUGGUCUGUCAGUACUCCCAGGAAAGACGGAGAGAGAGUCAUCAGCAUCACCACUCCAUCUAAAUUUGACUCUCCAUCUAAACUACUUUCCCCAACCAAAUUUAAUACACCCUCCAAGCUUAUUGCUACAUGGUCCAGCAUUUCACCGCGCAAGAUAUCGUCUCCACAAUCAAAAGAUCAGAUCCCACUGAACCCAGCUUUAUUUGAUGAAAGUUGCUUGUUAGAGGUGCCAUCAGAGAAUAGAGCGGCGAUGCAGUCCAGCUUGACUUCACAAAGGUCUUAUUCCAUUCUGACUGAAGAUCUGGCAGUCUCCCUCACCAUUCCAUCACCCCUUAAGUCUGACAGCCAUCUCAGCUUCCUACAGCCGUCAAGUACACACAUCAUGUCAACUCCGGACAGCGUCAUCAGCGCUCACAUAAGCGAGGACGCUCUGCUGGACGGGGAGGAUGCCACAGAGCAGGACAUUCACCUUGCCCUCGACACCGACAACUCUAGCUGUGGCUCCAGCAGCAGCGCGGCCUCGGUGGCACUCGCCACCUCUUUCUUGUUCAAGCCCGACGUGCCCAUGCAAGCGCUAGUGAUGGAAAAGUCCAACGACCAUUUCAUUGUGAAGAUCCGUCAGACAGCCGCGCGUGCAGAUAUCACACUCACUGCUGAUGAGAGCUUGAGUCAAACACUAACAGAAGAAAAUCAGCAACAUAGAGAAGAAGACACAGCAGCCCAAAGUCGAGCUGAUUUGUCAAACAAGUCCAAGAAGGGAAGCACUCCCUCAUGUGCUGCACCAUCAGAGAGCAGUCUGUCUAACUUGGCUGAAAGCCCUGGGACAGGUACAGAGAUCUGUCUCACUCCAGAUAAGAGCUCAACACUAACCAAUCAUCCAUCCAACAAAAAAGAAGAUACAUCAACUCAACAGAGUACCUCAAAAUGUAGUUUUUCUGAGGAGUCACAGAAACUGUCUGAGUCUCUGAGAAAUCCUCCAGCAACUAGUCCUUCAGAGAACCAUUUGCACAAUGGUAUUCAAAGCUCUGAUCAUUUCUUUGUGCAGAUGAGUCAGACAACAACCGGAGGAGGUGUCACUGCUGAGAGCACAAGUCACACACGUCGUGGAGGAGAAAACAUGCAAACUCUUAAAAGUCCCUCAAGGGCUCUUUUGUCUGAGUCACAGAAAACGAUCAGUCACUCUAAAACUGCAGUGGCAGAUCACAGUCCACGCCACCCUACUGACACCUUUGAAACAAAUCGAAGGAGCUGUGCCUCGCUGUCACAUGUUUCAGACUCGGAGACAGAUGGAAUGGAGGUAUCAGAGUCAGACAGAAGUCUUAGCAUUGCAGAGGACGUAAUCAACACACCAGAGACACACCAGAGAAACUGUGACAAAAGCAGGAAACGGAAGAAGCACCACGACAAAUUAAAAGCGAAGCGGUCCAGAAAGGAGGAGGAGGAGAGUACAGAAGAGAUGGAGUCUAAAUCCAGGAAAGAUGAUAAUGAGUCCAAAUCCUUCCCGGCGUCUCUGUCCCCCAACAGUCUGUCAGCCAAAAAUGUUGUAAAGAAGAAAGGCGAGGUGGUGAUAGCAUGGACAAGAGAUGAAGAUCGAGCAAUUCUGAUUGAACUGAAGACGAAAGGUGCUUCUCGUGAAACUUUCUCCGCUUUGUCAGAAAAACUCAACAAGCCAUCUGGGCAGAUCGCUCACCGAUUUUACCAGCUCAUGAAGCUUUUUAAGAAGCAGGAGAAGAUGGACACCUGAUCCCUCAGGCUUUGCUUCAUGCAAACUGGUCUUGUAUUCAAGCAUUUCCAUGCACAUUCUUUAGCCCUGAUACAGGUAUGUAGGCUGCUGUCCAUGUGACAUAGUGCAGAAAAAUGUGAGUCAUUACAUGUUCUGCUUGGGUCAUAUCGAUCCCCAUCAAGAUCUGAUGGCCUUCAUCCUCCAACCAUCAGAUAAACAGAAAUAUGGACAGCAGAGUUUUUCAAAGGAAGGUUAAGUCAGUGUCUGUGAAGAUACUGAACUGGACCUGUUCUUGACAACACAAUAUGAAUAUGAAGGAUGAAACAUCCACUUACUGAACAAUCAACACCAGUGUUAUUGUUUUUGAUGCACUUUUGGUUUUUGGUAAUCCACACAGCAAUCACUACUUCAGUACGGGCUCAGGAUAUUUGCUGACGUCUGGUCGUCACAGAAGCAGACAUCUCUGUCCUCAGCUCAGUAUCUGUUCAUGCUUUCCUCUCUCUGCCUUUACAGUUAGCACACAUUAUAAAAAUGUUCUCAUCCAGCCCUCAAGUUCAUUUUACAUCUAGUCUUAAACUUAUGUUUUUCUCAAAGCAGGAAAAACUGCCUUUGGACUAGGAUCAUUCUAAGUCAAAGUUUUCUAAAUCAAGUGACAUUUUUAUUUGCUGGGCGCUCUCGAAAGACAACAUGAAGCAUCACCUAGCUGUAUGCCUUGACCUAUGGGACUUAAUGUAAUUCUGUAUGUGAUAUUUUGGAUGUUAUUUUAAUGGAAGUAUUUUGGAGGGUGGGGGGUGGGGGGUGCUUGAUAAGGUUAAAGGCUGGUAAAAUUCACAUAGAGGACAUUACAUUUGUCUCUUGAUACAAAUUCAAAGUUUUAUCUGUGGGCCUAAAUGGCAUUUAGUUUAACUCGCUUAUAACGAGCAUGGAAUGCAAUAUUGUGAAUAUUGUACAUACUUCUUUACUGAAAAUAAAGUUUUAUUUAUUUA